AUGCCUUUGGAAUUUUUGCAUGGUAACGGUCGAACUGAACUGUUAUUGAAGAAUUUCAAUUCUCUGCAUUACGUGUCUUUUCAUCAGCAACAUAAUGUGGGUCGUGGAGUAUUGAGUGAGGAUGCUGAAGCUGGUCAAGCAUCACCUCUUAGACAACAUGGGGGAGGGUGUUGUCUGGUAGGAGGCAUUGAUGCAGAAGCAGGGUAG